AUGCGUUUCUCUCUCGCCGUGCUCGGCCUCGCCGCCGCCGUCUCGGCCACCGCCGUCGAUGCUACCGCCACAGCCACAGCCACAGCCACAGCCACGGCCACGGCCGAUGUUGAUGCCCAAGUAACAGCCGCUGCCGAUGUCAACGCCAAGGUCGACGCUUCCGCCGCCGUAGAUGCGAAGGUCGACGCCGCCGUCAAGGUCGAUGCUAACGCGGAUGUCAACGCUAAAGUCGACGCCGCCGCUUCCGUUGAUGCGAAUGUCGACGCCAAGGUUGACGCUGCCGCCAAGGUCGAUGUCGAUGUGGACGCGGAUGUCGCCGCUGAUGCGAAGGUUGGAGCCAGCGCGGAUGUGAAGGCCAAAGUCGAUGCUGAUGCAUCUGUGGAUGCCAAGGUUGGCGCCGAUGUAAAUGCCGAUGUCAACACAAAGGUUGACGCUGCGGUUGACGCCAAGGCAAAGGUUGGUGCCGAUGUUAACGCCGAUGUUAACGCGAAGGUCGGUGCCGAUGUGGAUGCCAAGGUCGGCGCCGACGUCAACGCUGAUGUUAAGGCGAAGGUCAGCGCCGAUGUCAAUGCCGAUGUUAAGGCGAAGGUCAACGCUGAUGUCAACGCCGAUAUCAAGGCGAAGGUCGGUGCCGAUGUCAACGCCGAUGUCAAGGCGAAGGUUGACGCUGCUGUUGAUGCCAAGGCGAAGGUUGGCGCCGAUGUCGAUGCUAAGGUUGGCGCUGAUGUUGAUGCCAAGGUCAGCGCCGGCGUGAAUGCCACCGUCGCUGCUGAUGUCAACGCCAAGGUCGACGCGGACGUCGACGCUGCUGUUAAAGUCGGUGCCGACAUCGACGCGAAGGUUGGCGCCGGCGUAAACGCCACCGUCGCUGCCGAUGUUGAUGCGAAGGUCGAUGCUGCUGCUAAGGUCGAUGCCAAUGUGGCCGCCAACGUCGAUGCCAAUGUGGCCGCCAACGUCGAUGCCAAGGUUGGUGCCAAGGUGGACGCUGAUGUCGAUGCCAAAGUCAAGGCCGGUGCGGAUGUUGCCGCCAAGGUCGGCGCUGAUGCCAAGGUCGGCGCUGGUGUGAACGCCACUGCCGUCGCUGAUGUUGCGGCCAAGGUCGACGCUGGCGUCAAGGUCGGCGCCAACGUCGCGGCUGAUGUUGACGCUCAAGCAAAGGUUGACGCGGACGUCAACGCCAAGGUCAACGCCGAUGUCGAUGCCGCCGUGAAGGUCGGCGCCGAUGUUGACGCCAAGGCCAAGGUCGAUGCCGGUAUUAUCGCCAAGGUCGGCGCCGAUGUCGAUGCUCAAGCAAAGGUUGACGCCAAGGUCGGCGCGGGCGUAAAUGCCACGGUUGCCGCCGACGUGGAUGCCAAGGUCGACGCCGGCGUCAAGGUCGGUGCCGACGUGGAUGCCAAGGCCAAGGUUGAUGCUGAUGUUGCUGCCAAGGUUGGUGCGGACGUUGACGCCAAGGUCAAGGUCGGCGCGGAUGUCGAUGCCAAGGCCAAGGUCGAUGCGGACGUUGCGGCCAAGGUGAACGUUGGUGCUGAUAUCGAUGCCCAAGCCAAGGUGGACGCCAAGGUCGGUGCCGACAUUGACGCCAAGAUUGCCGCCAAUGUCGAUGCCAAGGUCGCCGCGGACGUCGACGCCAAGGCCAAGGUCGACGCCGUCGUCGCCGCAAAGAUCGCCGCCGGCGGGAAGCUCGGCGCCGGCGUGAAGGCCACCGCCGCCAGCAUCAACGGCACCACCGUCGCCGCCACUGUCAUCGACGCCGACGUGCAGGCCGCCAUCAACAUCGCCAUUGGCGGCUUCGCCUGCCCGCCGACCAUGAAGUACUCCCCCUGGAUCCAGGCCUGCGGCUGCGAGGCCGGCCUCACCUGGUCCGCCACCAGCAGCAAGUGCGUCGGCACCCCGCUCACCGGCGCCUGGCCCAAGCCUGCCCUUGAUGCCCACGCCAAUGUCAAUGUCAAGCUCGCUGCCUUCUGCGCCGCCUCACCCGUCGAGAUUGUCAGCUUCGACGCCGCCCACCCCUACUGCCAGGUCAGCCUCGAGACGCUCGCCUUCGUCGCCGACGCCGCCGUCAAGGCCGACGUAGACGCGCUCGCCGGUGCUGCCAUCAACGUCAACGCCAACAUCUCCGCUGACCUCAAGGCCGUCGUCGCCGGUCUAACCGGCCUGUACAUUGAAAAGGCCGAGGACGCCGUCGCGCUCUUCAACACAAAGGUCUACGGCCUCGGCGCGGCCGCCAAGGCCGAUGCUGACGUUGCCGUUACCGUGUCCAAGACCCAGCUCGCGCUCUGCAAGCUCGGCCUCGGCUCGUGCCAGCAAGACUGCGUCUCGUUCAGCCAGGCGGGCUGCGCCAACUUGAUCGAUGUCGGCGCUGAGGUCGGCGCGCAGAUUACGGCGCUCGCUGGUAGCGUCCUCAUCCUGCCCUCCUCCAUCGUCGUUGCCACCAAGGCCAAGGUUCUCGUCUCGGUCGCGGUCGAGCACCUGCUCUGCAUCGUCGGCAACAUCAUCAAGUCGGUCAUUGUCACCUUUGACUGCCACUGCAAAUAG